AUGUCUCAUAACCAUAAUUCGACCACCUGUGAAAUGAACAGUGUCAUUACAUUUAAAUACGAAAAUACGUGUGUAUUAAUUCAGCAAUGGCAAAUUACUUCGCUAUGGCAAUUAUUAAUAAGUAGUGUCUUCAUUUGCUUUCUAGGAUAUUUUUAUGAGUAUUUGAGAUAUAGAAUUACAAUAUUUAAAGACAGUGUGAAAGAGGUUGGAGAAUUAUUAUUACCCGGAAUCAAUUCAGAGGUCCCUAAUUUCCUUACCCAUACUAGAAUUUCAAAAAAAAAUAAAUUUAAGCUCAGCUUACUUUAUGGUUUGGAAGUUUUGAUAUCUUUACUAUUAAUGCUAAUUUUUAUGACUUAUAAUUUUUGGUUAAUGUGUUCUGUCGUGCUAGGGGCCAUCUUGGGAAAUUACCAGUUCCAGGCAGGCUCAAAAGAUUAUGUAAAACCUAUUUGUCACUAA